AUCAAACUGAGCCAAAAGACCCCGUUCACCGACUCUGUCAAACCCAUAUGUCUGCCCCAACGUAAUCGCGACUACGCGGGACAGUUGGCAGUGGUCACCGGUUGGGGUCACACGAGUUUUGGCGGCUCCGGGAGUCCGCAGCUCCGGCAGGUGUCGCUCCCCGUCUGGAAUAACACGUGGUGUGACUCGUCUUAUAGUGUGGACAUCAGUGACCAGAUGUUGUGCGCCGGAAACCCGAGGGGCGGUAAGGACUCGUGUCAGGGAGAUUCCGGCGGACCGCUGAUGCUACAGGGGCCCAAUCAAAGGUGGAUGAUCAUCGGCGUGGUUUCGUGGGGUAUUAAGUGCGGUGAACCCAAUCAACCCGGUGUUUAUACCAGGAUUAGCAAAUAUAUUGAUUGGAUCAGGGCUAAUUCUAAUGAUGUUUAUAAAUAA